UAGAGAGCGAAGCCUCUCAAAAGUAGAUAAAUAUACAAUAAUUGCAGUAGUUGACAAGUAGCAAUGGCUCCCGGAGGCAGUGCUUGCAAAGAAGUUGUUGAAUCUCAUUCCCCUGUUGCAGAUUAUGACAGUCCUUCAACAAAAACUGAGAGUAAUACUACAAAGAUGAAAAACGCUGUUAAUUUUGUUGGAAAACAUGGAAUUCAUUCAAACAACGGUGUUUACGAGCUCCUCGAGUGUCCUGUAUGUACAAAUCUGAUGUAUCCACCAAUUCACCAGUGCCCUAAUGGACACACUUUGUGUUCCAACUGCAAGAUUAGAGUGCAAAACUGUUGCCCAACAUGCCGCUACGAUCUUGGAAAUAUAAGGUGUUUAGCUUUGGAGAAAGUUGCAGAAUCGUUGGAACUCCCUUGUAAAUACCAGAACCUAGGUUGCCACGAUAUCUUCCCCUAUUACAGCAAGCUUAAGCAUGAGCAACACUGUCGCUUCCGUCCCUACAACUGCCCUUAUGCUGGCUCUGAGUGCUCCAUCACAGGUGACAUACCUACCCUAGUUGCUCAUCUCAAGGAUGAUCACAAGGUUGACAUGCAUGAUGGAUGUACCUUCAACCAUCGAUAUGUCAAAUCAAAUCCACAUGAAGUUGAAAACGCCACAUGGAUGCUUACUGUUUUCAAUUGUUUUGGAAGACAGUUCUGCCUGCAUUUCGAGGCUUUCCAGCUUGGGAUGGCACCUGUGUACAUGGCCUUUUUACGUUUCAUGGGCGAUGACAAUGAAGCAAAGAAGUUCAGUUAUAGUCUGGAAGUUGGUGCAAACGGCCGUAAGCUAAUAUGGCAGGGGAUUCCGAGGAGCAUCCGCGACAGUCAUAGGAAAGUUCGUGACAGUCAGGAUGGAUUAGUGAUCCAAAGGAACCUAGCUCUAUACUUUUCAGGUGGCGAUAGGCAAGAGCUGAAGUUGAGGGUAACUGGCCGUAUAUGGAGAGAAGAGUGAGAAAAAAAGCAUGGCGAAUCGAGGCAAUUUCUUGUACAGUUUCAGAAAAAUGUGAUUUUGGCUAAC